GCCGACCAUCUCGAUACUUUCCCGAUGCAACAACAACGCUCUUCUCCCGCAUGCUUCUCCCCUCCAAGGUCCUCCAUUCUAGAAACUCGGAUUCUUCUAUAACUAGGUGCUGUUGUCGCGACUACAACAGGCUGAACUGCUUCUCACUCCAAUGAUUUGAAAUCAUCACCUCCCUCCCGCAUGAGCGGGGAGACACCUGGACACCAUGGUCUCGGUUGAAUCAACUGCAGCACAGGCAGCCUCUGCAGUCGCUCAUGGGCCCAUCACCUCUGCCUCACCUGCGCUACUGAAUUUGACCAACCUCAGAACCGCGGCGGCGAAUGUGACAUCCUCCUUUUCCCUUCCACUCUCCAAGCACCCGAUAUUCCGCUUCCCGCUCCGACUUGCUUCGCGGAUCGAUCGAGCCCUUCUCAACAUAUGGAACCAAUUUAUUUUGGAAGGACUCGGUAUUAGUAGUCUGACAAGAGCUGGGACGGUGACAGGCGCAGGCACGGCUGGAGCCCAAGCGAUGGCAGACGCUGCAGUCCAACCGGGUGUGGCCCAGGCGGUUGGAGAUGCAGCCGCAGAGAGUUGGUCGACCUUCUUUGCAGAGGUAUUCCAAGCAACAGGCUUCAAGUCUUAUUGGGGCAUGUUGCACUAUCUCACUUCAAGAUGGGCCUUCAUAUGUUUUGUGGUGGCUCUGAUUCUAAAUCGCAUCAGUGUUUAUGGGGCCUCGAGGCAAAGAAUACAGCUGACGUGGACGAGGAGAUUGGCUUUACGGAUCGUGCCCAUUCUGUUGUUCAUAACUCAGAUUCAUCAUCUCCUGCAGGCCAUUCGGUGCCAAACGUCGCCAGACUUCUCGCUUUAUCGGCACGGCGAUAACAACAAAUACAGCCUCUUAGAUUGGGCGACGGACGGUGGCUCGCUGCACACCCUCGCAUCCACGCUGCUCUUCCAAUCGACAGACGCCCAGGCAUGCGCCGCAGUGGGAAUGAGCCGACCAAGUCCCGACGUUCGAGCACCUUUUGGUUCUUUCUCCCUUCUUUGGCCGUCCUUCUUGCGGUUGAGCCUGUCCCAUGUCGUUGAAAACCUAUCGUGCUCACUGCAACAGAUACCAACCACGGCAGAGGUUGGAAUGUCCGUCUUUGAGCAUUCUCUAGCAUUCGCUGAGGCUGAGACGAUGAUCUCCCACACCCUAGGUCUAGGUUAUUAUGGGUCAACCAGAUCGUCAGGCGUUGGUAAAACAAACGUCACCUCUCCCAAUGUCGAUUCACAGCCAACAAUACCCGCAUCGGGGACAAUAUUAGCUCUUGCGGACGCUACGACCGUCUUGACCGGUCCGCAUCUCCUUGAUCGUGUCAAUGUUCCAGUAGAAGUUCUCUUGGUCACAUUGCUGUCGUGCUGCAACUCGCUGUCAUCUCACGUCAUUGCUGUUUUGGGAAAGCAGCGUCAAUGGAGACUCGUCAACACUGGAAUAUGGGCUAUGGCUUUCAUGGCCUCGUUUGUCUGGGGAUUCUGCACAACCAGUGUCAUGGUUCGGAGCGGGGAUAAUGGAGACAACCGUCCUGUCAGCAGCCUUUUACACUUCCCGACUGUGGCGAUCAUAGGAUUCCUCCCGCAUAUGGCCAUCCUAGCUGGGAUCGCUGUCUGUCUGCUCAUAUACUUGGUUGCUCUCACUUUGACGGCAAUUUCCCUUGGCACCAAUCCGCAUAUUCCCAGGCCCACCACGCUGAAAGAACGUUUCGUGAUAGCUCACGACAAUCUGCAGGUUGCGGUUCAGACCCGGGGGAUUGAUAUCCGCUGGCACGAGGACUUCUACACCUCACUCCUCCGCACUGGAUUUGCUGCGCUGACGGCGGCAUCAGAAGCGGUCUUCCUUAAUGAGGGCAGAGCUGUCGAAGUCCGUCAAUUCACGUGGUUGGAAGAGGACAGGCUAGAUGAAUUCGACACCGCAAUGCGUGAAAUGGGAGCUUUUCAAAAUGCCUUCCCAAACAGUCCACAAUUCCAGAUUCUGGAAGAAUAUGGCCUUCCUCCUUCGAGCCCUGGUGCCGUGGACAGAGGCGGUAUUUGGGAGUCGGGCUAUUCCAAGGAACGAAAGCUCGACAAAAAGGAUAACGAAGCCAAAGGGUCAUUUGUCUAUCCAACUCCGCGCGCAGGCGGAGUCGGCGCUGUACAACGGACCACCCGUUUCUAUUUGAUCAUGAUUUAUCUUCGCGGUAUCAUAUUUUUAAUAGCUGGAUAUAUUGGCUUUGGCAUUGGCGUCUUGCUGGACACGAUCGGCAUCACGGCGCGACCUCGAUGGCUUAGACGAAUCGUCGGUCGAUCUCUGAAGAAGAUGAAUUCGAGGCCAGGCGGACCGAAUAACGAAGGAACUCUCGACUUUUGGAUCCUGACAGAGGACGGAAAGCUCACGAUCGCGAGCAGCGACGAGGUUGAUAUUGAGCCUGAGAUGAGGAGGCGGUUGAUGACCGAAUUUCCGGACGAGAGGAUCGAUGAACUCCUCGAUACCAGGCUGUACGAGUGGUGGAAGUCAGGUGGCUGGUUCGGUGCGAAAGAUGACAGCGGAGAUUAUGAGCCGUCAAAUGCGGAUGAUCUCGACGACACUACCAGUGUCAUUUCGAUGUCCACCCAAGCCAGCACCCUCAACAGCGAUGCCGGCGAUGAAGACGCCUGGGAGUCUGAGCCUGAAGGAUCACGAACACCGACUCAAUCAUCUACGGGGCCGUCAUGGUCCUUCUCGGGCGUUCAAACCAGAGAAUCAACACCGGCCUUCACAGAUUCGCCUUUGGAUGCGGCGACACUCGCAAGACUUCUAAAUCCACCAGACCGAGAAUCUCGCGAAGAAGCACGGAUUCUUUCCUCGCACCUCGCCACGGUGGCCUCCAACUCUCCUGGCGUCAUGACUCGUUCACGAUACCGUCGCGAGGUUGAAUCUGAGCGAGCUCGGAUCUUGCUUGCUGGACGUAGUCCAGAUCCCACACAAGCGACUCACCACAGGGUCCCAACAGUCUCGUUGUAUAAAGAGCCUUCAACGACGGGUCCUCGACCACUUAGCACGAUGGAGGAAGCGGAAGUGCUCGAAUCACUAAUCCUCAGCAGACGGCGGAAGCAUGCGCCUCCCACGCCGACGGUGAAAAGUGAACCGUCAAACACAAGCAACACAGAGGAAGACCGACCAUUCGGACCGCCUUGUGUCGUCUGUCAGAUCGCGCCUCGAACCAUUAUCGCCUGGCCAUGUCGAUGCCUCUGCGUGUGCGAGGACUGUCGAGUCAGUUUGGCAUUGAACAAUUUUGGGAACUGUGUGACUUGUCGGCGGACCGUGCAGGGAUUUGUGAGGCUCUACGUGCCGUGAAGUGAAGCCAUCCGUGUACCGAGUAUGGGCUGUACCACCAAGCAACCGCCAGGAGAUCUGCAGGGCUGUUCUGUGUUCCAUGUUUGCUUCUCUUUUUGAGCUCUAGGUCUGACGAAUAGCCGAGUCAGCCAAAAGUUGCCAUCUACGCCUCGGUGAUUCGGUAGUUCAUUGAUUCCAUUAGUUCUGUUCCAUUCCUUGUCUACAUACUUCCCGUCCACUGCUUUUGCAAGAGAUUCAUCGACCGUGACUAUGUGUGCCGAGACCAAGUAUACAG